AUGAUAUCUAGAUUCGGUUAUAUACUUAACUUACUAAAGACGUUAGAAAGGAAUAUAUUACAUAGUUUUGGUCAUCCUCCGAGAGAAUUAGCCAUAGUCCAGAUUUAUGAAAAACAGAGUUCAAAUUCUCCAAAAAAGUUUUCUUUAAAGGAUAUCAUUGGAGAUGGCAUGUUGCUAGCUGUCCCUAAAUUUAGAAGAACUAUUGAAAAGCGUUGGAAAAGGAAAUUUGGAUCACCAGAAUAUGUAUGGAAAAUGUUUGUACCCAAAACAAAUAUCAAAGUUUGCCAGGAUUGUGGCCAUCAUCAUGAACGAGGACGUCUCUGUGGAAAUUGUUACAAAAGAGUAGAGAGUGAAACAAAAGAAAUACAAGCUAAAAUACAAGAAAAAUUAGGAAACAACCCCAUUGAGAAGGAUGUUAUUGUUUUAUAUGAAGGGGAAAGUGUUCCCGAAAUGCCUAAAGAAUUUUGGGAAGGUAAGAGGAUAAUCGAGAUGAAGAAAGAAAGACCUCAAUGGUUUAGCAAAAAUCUUUUGCAGAAAUCUACUCAGCAACCAUCUAAUUCCAAAGAUGUUAAGCCAACUGAUCUUGCUUAA